AUGAUGGCAGUCGAUCGUCAAUCGCGGCUCGUCCCACCCCUCGAAACUAAGCCUCCCUCCUCUCUCUAUCCAAUUUGCGGCUCGGACCAAUCUGGCCUGGUCGAUGCUCCGGUUGAGGUCAGCCAAAGCUCUGUCCAAGUUGUUUACAAGAAGAUUGGCGACGCCAUGGACCGCCAUACCAGAAUACAAGCAACCCUCGAGCCUGGCGCUUUCCUGGAUACUCAUGGUGGCAUGAAAUUCUUGGAGCGAUUGAGUGCAACACACGAUGAUCCGCACCAUCCAUACCUUGAGGAUGUGAAAUUAGACACUUUUCGUGCCACCUCGACGCUUCUCUCUUCGCCGCCGGAGACUCCUCACGACAGUGCGUACAACCAUCGAAGAGAGGCAACAACGGCAAUGAGUAGCUCCAGCUCGGGUAGCCAAGCCUCGACCGAUACGAUCAUUUGUGGUUGUUCAGUCUCGUCUGUACACAGUUCGGUCAAGACGACCGCUGACCGUUGGUGUACGGACCGCCAGUACGAUAGCACGCCGCUCUCAUCUCCCCUCGAUCCAACGCCGACAAGGGCUCCACGCUAUAGUGAAAACGGAUCUAGUCGAUUCAACAGACUGGCCGGGGAAGGCCCACCAGCUGUUCACAGUGUCGGCGACGUUACUGAUAUCCCGUACGGACUGGACAGUCAAACAGUGUCAGAUUGUGGCAUGACUGCUGAGUCUAAACGUCACACCGACCGCUUGACUUCAACGCAGUCUUGUGAUGAUGCCCGGAUCCAGCGGGAGAUGCAGUACUGUGAAGAGCUUCGAAGAGCCGGUCUUGGCAGUGAUGCUGUUUCCAGAACCGUUCGCGUCCCGCUUAGUGUCAAGCAACGUAGCACAGCCGCCUCGGUGCCUUCAGUACACGCGCAUCAGGGACCUCGAGGACCUACGCAACCGGCUCCGGUUGAGGCGAGACGGAACCCGGAUGCCAAGGACUACCUAAAAUAUAUUCAAGCUGCUCUCGUGUCUGAAAAGUAUGCGCCGCAGCAGAAUGUAUCAGAGGAGUCCACCCCUCUUGCGAGCACUAGGUCCGAUCCCCUGAUUCAGGUUAGAAUUGCAGAUACCGAGUCGUCCAGCGUUUUUGAACAUACCCGCACCUUGAGAGGUCGUUUGGCUGGCAGCAAAGAUCUCCUGAGAGACACGAAGGCAUCGUCGGUGUCGGCACUGAUGAACCCGGAUCCUGCGUCUAGUCGAUCUUUGUCAGUUUCGACUGCUGUACAGCAAACAAAGGUACGACCUUUGUCAGCAUCUGUUAGCAACACCAUCCAAAAGUCACGUCAGGCUCAAAUACCGAGCGACACUCUCGACGAUGAUGAGUAUGACGAUGACGCCGAUGAAGGCGGCUGCUUACUAAACUUCAAGAUUGCCACGAAGAAGGUUAAGGUCCUCGUGAUGCAGCAGACCCCUCAGCUCUCACAGCCCAAAGUCUCCUCUGCCGAAUUGCGAAUCCGAGCUGAAUUCAAGGCCAAAGUCCGCGAAGCAGCCGAAUUCGACGCCAAGUUUGCGUCUAUCAAACCUGCUGUCACAAAGGCAGCCAAAUUCGACUCCCUAGUGCGCAAACUUCAAGCUAAAGAGCUUCUGGGCAUUCCGUCAACGAGCGCCCGCGAUGUGCACAUUUUUGUUGACAUGUCGAACAUGUUCAUCGGCUUCCAGGAUGUCUCCAAGAUUGUUCGGGGCUACCAGCGCUCGGCUCGCGUCAAGUUCGUGCCUUUCUCCUUUGAGCACUUGGCCUAUAUCCUGGAAAGAGGACGGAACAUACGAGCACGCAAACUUGCCGGAUCGAUUCGGUUUCUGAGCCAGAUCAACAACCUUCCGACUCAUUUCACGGAGGCAAAAGCUUACGGAUAUGACAUCAACGUUCUCCACCAGGUCGAGAAGCUUGACGCAAGUCCGAGUGGAAGGUUGAUGGCCAGAGGUGGACCGAAUUAUCAAAGUGCCUCUGGCACCAGCGGCGAUGAGGGCAACUCCAGCAGUGGCUCACCUCGUACAAAGCUUGGUGAGCAAGGCGUGGACGAGAACCUGCACUUGUCCAUGCUCGAAACCAUUCUGGAUGCAGAACCUGGAAUCAUGGUUCUUGCAACCGGUGAUGCUAAGCCCGCUGAAUUCUCCCGGGGCUUUGCUCAUUACGCCACGAAGGCUCUUAAGCUCGGCUGGCAUCUUGAGAUCGUCUCGUGGCGGCAGUGCUUGUCGAGCGAGUGGGAGAAGGUUAGCAACAAGUUUGCCAGCCAAGUCCGAACUAUCAUUCUCGAUGACUUCUUCGACGAGAUCCUAGCAGAUUGGGCUGAGUAG